UGUUGACUCAAUUGAAAUAAUUUUGUUUUUUUUAAUUAUCAGAGAUUUUAACUGAAAACUCCGGUUUCAGGCGGGCGUCACAGAUUUGUUUUGGCCUUGCUGGCAAUAGUUAACCCAACUGAUAAUAUCGAGUGAAAACUUUAAAAAUUAAUCACCUUAAUUACUUAACUCUCAUCUUCAGUUAAUUAAUUUUAAAUACUUUCUUUUAGAAAGGCAGUUAAUUUAUCAUGCAUAGUAUAGCGUUAGACCAUAACCACCCAUAAAUAAGGCCGUUGAGAUCACCAAGUUCUUUUAGUGACGUCACAUACAGUGGUGUACUGAUGUAUGCUGAUAAGCGAUUAGCGGCCAGUUUCAAAUAUUUGUCAUUCGUUGCACAACAGUCCCGUUUGUCCGUCGGAUAUGUCGUUAUAAUCCAUCUAUAUCAAAAAUAUAAAUAACAUUAUCUUACAAAUUUUAACAAUACCAUAUGCAUGCGUAGUUCCAAAAUAUAAAGGGAACUACAAAAAUGGGCCUGAAGUAUCAAUUUUUAAAUUUCCGAAAAGUGAGGAAAUAAAACGGAAUUGGAUUAUUACAUUAAACGAAACAGUUAUCAACUAACUGUUAAUGGUCGAGUUACAGAAAGAUAAUCAAGAAAACAUGGAUAAUCAAGGAAAAGGCCUUAUAAAAGCCUUAGAAACUUGGGCAAAGAAUGUAACAAAAGGUUACAGAGAUGUUAAUGUUCGUGAUAUGUCUGUUUCUUUUAGAGAUGGACUUGCAUUUUGUGCCAUUAUUCAUCAUUAUCGUCCUGAUCUCAUUGAUAUUGAUUCACUUUCAAAAGAAAAUAUAUUGGAAAACAAUCAAUUGGCUUUUAGUGUUGCAGAAAAGCAACUUGGAGUACCAGCUCUUUUAGAUGCAGAAGACAUGGUUCAAUUUUCAAGGCCAGAUCGCUUGAGCAUAAUUACUUAUUUAUCCCAACUGCAUAAUUGUUUUGAAAAUCAAAAUAAAAUGCGAUCUGGUUUUAAAAGGUUGCAAACUAACAAUAUUUCUGUACGACCCUCAAAGGUAUUAGCUGCAGAACCAAAACUUACUAAUAGACGAGUUGAGGUUUGCCAAGUCUGCAACAAUCGGGUUUUCAUUCUUGAAAGGCUCAUUGUGGAUAAUAAGCUUUAUCAUACAGCUUGCUUUAGAUGCUUUAAAUGUAAAGCUCUACUGAAUCCUGGUGCUUAUAUUGAAAGUGAUACUCCAGGAAAAUAUGAAUGUACUGUGUGUUUGCCGGAAGACAAAUUGAGCAGCAUGGAGACAGAUGAUACGGAAUCGCAUAGUUCACUUGAAGAAAAAUGUGAUGUUUCUAUGAAUUCUGUUUCAGAGCCUUUACAUAAUAUACAGAACAAUGUUGUAACGAAGUCUCCAUUGUCUGAAUCUGUGAACCAAGCUCGAGUAAGCUUUUUGGAACGAAGUUUAAAUAAAUCAGAUUCAAGUACCAAAUUCUCCCUCACCAACAAAACGCCAAGUUCAUUAGAGAAUGAACUUCCAAGAAAUGGAAUAUCAGUGAAGGACAAAAUUAGUGUUUUUGAAUCCAGUAAAGUAUCUAAAGCAGACUCCCCACCAUCUUUAGAGCCGACUUCACCAACCAACCUCAGAAAGUCACCAACACCAAAAUCACUGUCAUAUUUAAAUACUUCUUUAAAUCAAUCUCCAAAACCCAGUGUUAGACUGUCAAAGUUAUCUACUGUUACUCCAGAUAAUAGUGAAAAAUCAAAUGAAGACAAAACAAUUAUGAAGGCUACUGAAAUAGAUACUAUACAUGCAGAUCAUAGUUCCACUGUAAAAGAAUUCACAAAUGAUUCAAAUUCAAUUGAAACCAAAUCAGUCUGUGAUAAUGUCUCUUCCAAUGAAGUUCCUCUUUCAGAUCCUACUCUUUCUUUGGUUAGCAAUAGUAUCAGUCCUUUGAAAACUUUACCUAAGGAUUUGGACAAAAAUGUUAUUUAUAAAAGUUCAAUAGGGGAAUACAAGAGUCCAUUAAAAUCUUCGCGUGAUAUUUUUCAAACUAAUAUUCAGCCUUUGAAACUUACUAUUCCGACUAUAAAUACCAGUGUAAAUUCAGAAUCAUCUAGUUUGCCUACGACACCUCUUUCCCCUUCUACAGAUCACAUUAAAUCGAAUGAAAUCGCACACAUCAGACCAUCUUAUAACAAGUCUUUGACUCGUCCUCUUAGUUAUUCCAACUUGCAAGUCAAACAGAAGUCUGAUGACAUAACUGACAGCAAUUCAUCUAGCAUGCUUUCAAAUGAAAGAAGUGAUGCAACUGUUAGGAGCAAAGCACUUUCGCUUGAUAAAAAUUCUGAAUUAAAAAGUAGUGUUUCACUUAAUCUUAUUUCGAAAACUGACAAUAAAGAUCCUGUUUCAACAAUUAAUGAGCAAACAAAUAUGACUAUGAGUUCUACUACUAUUACCAAAAUAUCUCCUAUUCCAUCAAUAAGACACAGUAUUGAAUCCAAGAAGCUAGAUUUGCCGCCAAAAGAAAUUAAAAUCUCCAUAAGAACGCCUGAACCUUCGUUCCCCAAAAGCACAGUUAUAGAGAAAAAGGAGAAAGAAGAUGCACCUGUAAAGCAGCUUGUUCCCAAAGACGAAGAAGAAGAAACUUACCCAGAUGAUUUAAAUCCUUUUGGUGACGAGGAGGAAAAUGAGGAAGAAGAAUAUCCAGAUGAUUUGAAUCCUUUUGGUGAUGAUGAAGAAGAAAAGCCACGUAAAGUAUUUGAAGGGGUGUGUGCUGAUAACUACGAUGAGUCAAAGAAUCCAUUUGCAUCAGAUGAAGAAGAAGCUGAAAGUUCGCUUACAGCAAACACACCAUCGCCUAGGCCAUAUAGAUCUCAAAAUAAUUCACCCUUUGGAACAAUUUCGUCUCCAACCGGAUCACUUAGAGGGACAACUAAAAAGAGGAAAGCCCCACAACCUCCUAAACUUAGUGACAUCUUCCCCAAUAAUGACUCUCCUGAUAGCUCCUCGAAGCCGUCUCCAUCUGUGAGUCGAAGAGGUCUUGAGACUCCUUCACCUAAACUCAGAAAAAGUAAACCAGCUCCUCCUCCACCACCUACGCCAUCUCCUAGACAAAAUGGUGUGUCACCCACUGGGAAACAACCUCAACCUAAAGAAGAGGAUAAUAAGUCGGACUCCGCUGCCAAAGAAUCCAAACGACGAAAAAGACCUGCCCCUCCUGUACCAAUUCCAAUGCGAAAAGAUAAAAAGAAAAUUCCACUUAAAGAAAUAUUGCGUGAAAUGAAAGAAAUUGAAGCAAAACAAAGAGAUCUUGAAACUCAAGGCCGGCAAAUAGAGCUUUUAAUUAGAGAUAGAGAUAAAGAUGAGGAACCUUCUGUUGAAGAAGAAGAAAACAUUAUGCAAUUAUUUGAAUUAGUAAACCAGAAAAAUGCUCUUUUCCGUCGUCAAGCUGAACUUAUGUAUAUAAAACGCUCUCAACGUUUAGAAGAGCAGCAAGAAGAAUUAGAAAAACAAAUACGAGAGUUAAUGGCUAAGCCUGAAAGUGAGAAAACUGAAGAGGAAAAGGUGAGAGAAGAAGAACUUAUUUAUGAACUUACUGAUAUUGUUGACCAAAGGAACUCUAUAAUUGACAGCAUUGAGAUGGAUAGGAGGAGGGAAAUGGAAGAAGAUGUCAGUGUCCAGGAGCAAAUUGAAAUAAAAAAUGGUGACUUACCAAUUGCAGCUGAACUAAAAGAGAAAAAUAAAGGUAAAGAUAAGAAGGAAAAAAAAGAAAAGAAAGAGAAAAAGAAGAAAGAAAAGAAGAAAAAAGAAAAAAAUUUAGAAAGUGGAGAUAGUGGGAAAAAUACCCUAAGGAAGAAAUUAUUUAAAUAAAAUUUAGAUUUUAAAUUAUUUAGAUCAAUUGCUAAAAUAUUAAGAAUAAAAAAUAUUAAUAGUUGUGUUUUGAAAUAUUUAGAUAAAUUACCAGAACACUAAUGAUAAGAAAAUGUGUGCAUAAUGGAUGCAAAAUUAAUAGAUAUUUUAGAAUUAAAUUAAAUUAUAGCCUUUCCUCAAUCUCGUUUAGAAAAAUGGUGCUAUUGUCCUCCUUUUGAAUAGAGCCUUUUAACUUAUAAAACUACUUAGCUUAAUAUCUUUUUAAUGAUAGCUUUAUUUUUUGUUUUGUUUGUAUUCCAUUUAUAAAGUCAUAAGUGCAACUUCUAAACAAGAAUUUUUAAAUUCAUCUUUAACCAUAUACGAAAUUCAUUCGUAAUCAUUUUAUAGAGCUUAAUGAGGGGAAAAACAUGUUAAAACAGUUUCAGAUUAUCAGUUUUCGAAUUUUACUCAUUUUAAAUUGUACAGAAACACCAGGAACCUUCUUUUUUUAUUUAUUUAUUUAAUUAUAAUAAAGAUUUGGCAAAAAAGUUAAUCCUGUAUGCUUUCAUUUGAUAAUAACAUGCUUUUAAAGCUGAAAAAUUGAGUGUUUACAAAAUGUCUCAUAACAUGUUUUCCCAGAAAGUUCUUUACUUAUUAAAGUUGUUUAUUCAUUCCAACACUUAUUGCUAUUUGUUCUUAUCAUUUGCUUUAUAUCUUCAUUCCGAGCACUUUUAGCAUUUCAUAUUUUUCUCAUUAGAGUAUUUAAAGCUUGCAUUAUUUUUAUAUUAAAUAUUGUGAAUUAAUUUUGUAUAUAGAACUCAAUCAUGCUAACUAGAAGUAAAAAUUAUUUAGACUUUUGAAAUCGGAGUCAGCAAAAAGUUAUGAAUGGUUACUUAAUUUCUCAAUUAUUGUCACAAUUUUAAUAUUAUUGUCACAAUUUUAAUAAGUGCACAAAUUAUUAUAUAUUUUUUUUAUAAAUUGCUUUGAUAAAUUGAUUGUAUUUUAAUUAUUUCAAAAUUAUGUAAUAUAAUUACUUUUAUCAUUUUUGUUACAUUGUUGUGAAAAAUACUAGUCAGUGUUUAUGUUUUUGUUACAUAUAUAUUUUUAUAAGAAAAGUAUGGAUAAAUUUGUUUAAAAUCUCAUAAAAAAUUUUCAGGCCUCCAUUACUGAUAAAAACAAUGGAAGAUUCUAAUUAUGAGUAAAUUUAACUGACCCUGUAAAAAUAAAAUGUUUCCACAUUUUAGUGUCAAAUUAGGAAGCCAUAUUUUUUGAGAAAUGUUCUUUUUUUCAGCUUAUACUUUGUGCUGCUAUAUAUAGUUUUUAAGGGAAAAACUGAAAAAGCUAAAGCAAAUUUUCAUUUAUGUUGAUUGUGAAUUAUUUUUAUAAUGCUAUUUGUAGAUGUGAAAUAAAAGUGAGAUAUUUUAUUGUGA